GUAUCUACAGCGAACAGUAAAACACCCAACCUUAUUACAGGAUCCAGAUUUAAGACAGUUCCUGGAAAGUUCAGAGCUGCCGAGAGCGGUUAACACCCAGGCUCUGAGUGGAGCAGGAAUAUUGAGGAUGGUGAACAAGGCUGCCGACGCUGUCAACAAAAUGACGAUCAAGAUGAAUGAAUCGGAUGCAUGGUUUGAAGAAAAACAGCAGCAAUUUGAGAAUCUGGAUCAGCAGCUUAGGAAACUUCAUGCUAGUGUUGAAGCAUUAGUCUGCCACAGAAAAGAGCUUUCAGCCAACACAGCUGCCUUCGCUAAAAGUGCUGCUAUGUUAGGUAACUCUGAGGACCACACUGCUCUAUCGAGAGCUCUGUCUCAGCUUGCAGAGGUUGAAGAGAAGAUAGAUCAAUUGCAUCAAGAACAAGCUUUUGCAGAUUUCUAUGUGUUCUCAGAACUGCUUGGUGAUUACAUUCGGCUCAUUGCUGCAGUUAAAGGUGUGUUUGAUCAUCGAAUGAAAUGCUGGCAGAAAUGGCAAGAUGCUCAGGUCACUUUACAAAAAAAACGUGAAGCUGAAGCAAAGCUGCAACUUGCCAACAAACCUGAAAAACUGCAGCAAGCUAAAGAUGAGAUAAAAGAGGAAAUUGAAGAGUGGGAGACAAAAGUUCAGCAAGGGGAAAAAGAUUUUGAACAGAUCUCCAAAACCAUUCGCAAGGAAGUGGGAAGAUUUGAGAAGGAACGAGUGAAAGACUUUAAAACUGUUAUUAUCGAGUACUUAGAGUCAUUAGUCCAAACACAGCAGCAGCUAAUAAAAUACUGGGAGGCAUUCCUACCUGAAGCCAAAGCCAUCGCCUAAAAGAAGAAUAUUCCAAAUGACAAGACACUCUGGAUGCUUGUCCUCGAUAAAACUAAAUUCCACAGUAAAAUCACUUUAAAUCAUCCAAAUAAACCACUAUAUAUUUUAUUAAUUAACGUGGCUUUUUUUAUAUACUACAGCAUUUUAUUAACAAGCUGCAUGUCCUGACCCUCUUUGAAGCGGACUGUGGCAUGAUGUUCUGCAAUACAUUGCUGAAUUGAACACUACUGUGUCUUAAUACUUGCACUAAAGUGUGCAUGGCAAGGCCAGAAAGCUGAUAUUUUUGUUCUUUACAAUACAGUGUUCUGUAGUACAUUUAGCUGAUCUUUAUGAAACAAAUGAUUGCACCGAUUAAUGUUCACUUAAACAUUCCUGUACAAAAUCAUGUUUUUGUGAUUACAAUAAUAAAGGGAUGUACCUUGUGAA